GGCAAUAGGUUGGGGACGUUGGUCCUCAAACUUCACUUUUGAAUCGGACGUCCUCUCCCAUCUCAUUCCGCCACGUGCCCUGCUCCUCUCUACGCUCUCUACCUACGAUCUCUGAUCUGAGUACAGUAUAUAUGAUCAACCUCUUCAAAUGGAUUAAUGAUUAUGGCAUUUGGUGAAAACAAAACAAAAUAAUACAACAGUAAGAUUUCCAUAUUUGUUUUGUUCCGACCCGUGCAGCGAUUUUUGAGGCGGAGGCAUUUGUUUUCCACCAUCAAAUUUUGACUGGUCUGGCCGUUGUUCCAAUGGCUUUCGUUGCGAACCGGUUGGUCUCCGUACAUCCAGAGGACCUAAAGUUUCAUGUUGAGCUGGAGAAACACAGUUAUUGUGAUCUUAAAAUUACGAACAACACAGAGAACCAUGUUGCUUUCAAGGUGAAAACUACUUCUCCAAAGAAGUACUUUGUGCGGCCAAACACUGGUGUCAUACAUCCAUGGGAUUCAUCUGUCAUAAGAGUCACCCUUCAAGCUCAACGGGAAUACCCUCCAGAUUUGCCAUGUAAAGAUAAGUUUCUCCUGCAAAGCACAAUAGUGCCUCCAAAUGUUGAUGUUGAUCAGCUUGCACAAGAUACUUUCAAUAAGGAGGGUGGGCGAACAAUAGAGGAGCGCAAGCUUAAGGUCGUCUAUAUUUCUUCUAAAUCAACUCCUCGAAGUUUAGAAGAUUACUCUAAACCAUCUUUUGAUACUAAUCUAGUAAGUUGUCUUCUCUUUACUGCGUCUGAUAUCUUUCUACAAAUCUUUUUAACUAUUAUUUUUAUUCAGUAA